AGAAAGAGCAGAAGGAAACAUGGGGAAAACCAUUUCUCUUCUCAUCUCUGUGGUGCUUGUAGCUUAUUAUCUUUAUAUACCGCUUCCAGAUGCUAUUGAAGAGCCUUGGAAGGUAGUAUGGGAAACUGCCUUUGUAAAGAUAGGAACAGAUUUGGCUUCAUUUGGUGAACUUUUGGGAAUCAGUCAUUUCAUGGAAACGAUACAGUUACUUAUGAGUUUUCAAGAAGUCCCACCCACGUCUGAUGAGCAUGUCACUGUGAUGGAGACAGCUUUCGACAGUGUUCCCGUCCGCAUAUACAUACCCAAAAGAAAGUCAAUGGCUCUCAGGCGGGGCUUGUUUUAUAUUCAUGGUGGUGGCUGGUGUUUGGGGAGUGCUGCUCACUUCUCCUAUGACACUCUAUCGAGAUGGACAGCCCAUAAACUUGAUGCUGUUGUUGUGUCAACUGACUAUGGCUUAGCCCCAAAACACCAUUUUCCAAGACAGUUUGAAGAUGUGUAUCGUAGUUUACGAUGGUUCUUACAAGAGGACGUCCUUGAAAAAUAUGGUGUAGAUCCUAGGAGAGUCGGUGUGUCUGGAGACAGUGCUGGUGGAAACUUAGCCGCAGCUGUGACCCAACAGCUUAUACAAGAUCCAGAUGUCAAGAUCAAACUCAAGGUCCAAGCCUUAAUAUAUCCUGCCCUUCAGGCUCUUGAUACGAAUGUACCAUCACAACAAGAAGGUUCCCAUUUUCCAGUUUUAACCAGGUCAUUAAUGGUCAGGUUCUGGAGUGAAUACUUUACUACAGACCGAGGCCUGGAAAAAGCCAUGCUUCUCAACCAACAUGUACCCAUGGAAUCUAGCCACUUGUUACAGUUUGUGAAUUGGAGUUCCUUGCUCCCUGAGAGAUACAAGAAAAGUCCCGUUUACAAAAAUCCCACUCCUGGUAGUUCUGAGCUGGCUCAAAAGUAUCCAGGGUUCAUAGAUGUGAAGGCAUGCCCUCUGUUGGCCAAUGACAAUAUAUUGCAUCAUUUACCUAAGACCUAUAUCAUCACUUGCCAGUAUGAUGUCCUAAGAGAUGAUGGACUCAUGUAUGUCAAGCGGCUUCAGAAUGUUGGAGUUCAUGUGACUCAUCACCAUGUGGAAGAUGGAUUCCAUGGAACGUUUUCCUUUCCUGGUUUAAAACUUUCAGAGAGGAUGAAAAAUCAGUACUUGAGUUGGCUUAUCAAAAAUCUGUAACAAAACCUGCAAAAUGAUUUAUUGAAGAUAUAAGCAACAAAAUAAGAAAUAAACUAUUAAACAUGGCUUUGAGGUUUC